AUGUCUACCCAUCAUUCAGAGGACCUCAGUGUGCUAUGUCCUCAGAUUCCUACCUCUGUGGAUGGUACGACUGGUCUAAUAAGGGCGCUGCAAAACGGGACAGAAGAGGUUAGACACCUGUUGAAGAACAGCUGCAAUUUGAUUCUGGAGUGCAGAAUUUGUAAAGCUGUGUUCCGGCAUGCGAUAAACUUCCAUCAUCAUAAGUUGAAAGUUUGUCGUGCUUACCACCAGCCUCUAACUCCUACGUACGAGCAGGUCCUGGCUUUCCAAAAAGAAGUUGCUGCAGCGUAUAACUAUGACCGGCCAUCAACCAGUAAGGAAUUCCUCGUGCACAGGGAGGAAGAUUUUCAAAGAGAAAUACUGGAGGAUGAUGAUGAUUUCAUCGAUGUCUAUGAUGGUUUGGAAGAGUUCUGUGGUGAAAUUGACAGUCUUGACAGUCCAGAACCCGGCGAAUAUACUGAGGAACCCGGAGAAUAUAUUGAUGAACAAGAUGACAUCAGUAUUUUUGAUGACGGCAUGUCCGACUCGAUAGAAGAAGGCGAAUAUAUCGAAGAUUCUUCCAUAAGCAACUGUACCGCCUCGCCAUCAUCAACCACGAGUAUGGAUCAAGCUGAUGCUCCAGAGGUGGCAGCUCCAAAUGAGAAGGACACUUCGGGUGAAGAGAGCGAUGCAAUCUCUGUGCCGGAGAGCCCUCCUCCCGAUUGCCAUCUUAACUUUCCUAUAUUCAAUGAUCAACUUCUGGAGUCACCAACGGAUUAUGAUUACUUCGGAAAAGGCGAAAAAGGACCAGCGGGCCCAUUGCUUCUUCCAGUAGGUCAAAUGGAAUAA